UUCAGAAACUGUAGUCUGCGCGCGCGAGCCGUUGGCUCGAGGCUCGCGCUCUGGACCACGCGACGGUUCGAGUUCUGUUUAACUUUUGAACGUUUUCGGCUCAACGGACGUUUCUGCGUUCACGACUCCGAGCUAUAAAACAGGGUAGUUUUAAGGGUCUGGGGUGUGGAUCUAGUUUGACCAUCUUCUGCCAGAGAAAUUGAAGAACAAGAGCCUGACAUCAUCACUCCCACAUAGGAAAAGAUGGGGGAGACAGAGGAUGAGAGGAGCCAGGCAUCUAAGCUGUUUGAGAACUUUGUCCAGGCACCUACAUGUAAGAGUACGCUGCAAACUUUUAAUAUCUUGUGUAGUUACUUAGAGCUGGAUCCCCUGGAGCACAGCUCCUUCUACAAUAGCCUGAAGAGCAAGCUCACCUGUUGGAAGGCCAAAGCCCUAUGGAGCAAGCUGGACAAGAGAGCCAGCCAUAGGGAGUACAAGAAAGGCAAGGCCUGUGCAGACACAAAGUGUCUGAUAAUUGGAGGAGGCCCUUGUGGUUUGCGGACCGCUAUUGAGCUGGCUUUACUAGGGGCUAAAGCAGUAGUGAUCGAGAAGAGAGACACAUUUUCCAGGAACAAUGUUCUCCACCUCUGGCCCUUCACCAUCCAUGACCUCAGAAACCUGGGGGCAAAAAAGUUUUAUGGGAAGUUCUGUGCAGGGGCCAUAGACCAUAUCAGUAUUCGGCAGCUCCAGCUCAUGCUCCUCAAGAUUGCUCUACUUGUAGGGGUCGAGUUCCACAUCAAUGUGGAGUUCGUAAAGCUCUUGGAGCCUCCAGAGGAUCAGGAGAAUGAGGGGCCCGGUUGGAGGGCGGAGAUCCGACCAGCAGAUCACCCUGUGGCGAACUUUGAUUUUGAUGUAGUGAUUGGGGCUGAUGGGAGACGGAACACUCUCGAAGGGUUUCGACGGAAAGAGUUCCGUGGGAAACUGGCCAUUGCCAUCACAGCUAACUUCAUCAACAGAAACACAACAGCAGAGGCCAAAGUGGAUGAGAUCAGUGGUGUGGCCUUCAUCUUCAACCAGAAGUUCUUUCAGGACCUCAAACAGGAAACAGGCAUUGAUUUAGAGAACAUUGUGUACUAUAAAGACAACACACACUACUUCGUCAUGACGGCUAAGAAGCAGAGCCUUCUGGAUAAAGGAGUCAUCAUUCAUGACUAUAUAGACACAGAUGCUCUGCUGAGCAGUGAAAAUGUGAACCAAGAAGCUCUACUAAGCUAUGCUCGGGAGGCUGCUGACUACGCCACCCAUUACCAGCUGCCCACACUGGACUAUGCCAUGAAUCACCUUGAUCAGCCAGAUGUAGCCAUGUUCGACUUCACAUGCAUGUAUGCCUCAGAGAAUGCUGCACUGGUCAGAGAGAGGUUUGGCCAUCAACUGCUGGUGGCACUGGUGGGAGAUAGUCUGCUGGAGCCUUUUUGGCCUAUGGGUACAGGCUGUGCCCGUGGCUUCCUGGCAGCUUUUGACACAGUGUGGAUGAUCAGGAGCUGGUCACAGGAUAGAAACCCACUGGAAGUGCUGGCAGAGAGGGAGAGUCUUUACCGAUUGCUACCUCAAACUACACCUGAAAAUAUUGCGAAGAACUUUGAUCAGUACACCAUAGAUCCUGGAACACGUUAUCCAAACCUUAACUCCAACUGUGUCAGACCACACCAGGUCCGUAACUACUACAUAUGUGGGGAGCUGAAGUCCUGCUCUUUGGAGCGAGCUGCUACUAUACGGCGCCCAGUUAACCUGGCACGACGAGAGUCUGAGAUCAGACCCAGCAGGUUGCUGACCUGGUGUCAGAAGCAGACGGAGGGCUAUAAGGGCGUGAGUGUGACUGACUUGAGCUCAUCAUGGAGGAGUGGCUUGGCUUUCUGUGCUCUCAUCCACCGGUUCAGAGCACAUCUCAUAGAUUAUGAUUCACUGAAUGAGGAAGAUGCUGCUAAGAAUGCCCAGCUGGCGUUUGACGUGGCUGAGAAGGAGUUUGGCAUCAAGCCAUUUACCACAGGCAAAGAGAUAGCAUCAGAACAGGAACAAGACAAGAACAGCAUGGUGACCUACCUCUCUAAAUUCUAUGAGCUCUUCAGAGGAACCCCUCUGCCACCCUCAGAUUCAAGAAGAGAGACACAUGAAAAUAAUGAUGAAUGUUCCUCAAGACCCUCCCAACCUGUUUAUAGAUCACUCAGCUUAACACAGCCUCGAAAACGGAUACCAAAGGAUGACAAAAAGGUGGAUGAUAAUGACUCUUUUUACAAAAGAAGACGGAAAGUAUGCAGUUAUUUGGAAGAGGUAACAAACAUCUCCAGUCAAAGAUCUUUAGCAUCCGAAGGUCAAGAGCUGAAGGAGAACAAGGUCAAGUUCAUGGCCUCUCAACUACUGGCAAAGUUUGAAGAGAGCAACCCAGGUUGCACUCUACGUAGGCAGUCUGACUCGAAUGUUGCGAGGCCUCCAAGGCCUGCAUCACUCGAUAUGACAGAGACUCCACUCUUCAAAAAACCCCAGAAGAAAACCCCACCACCUCCACCCCCUAAAAGACAGUUCCAGGCAGCAGUCUGCGUGAGACGUGCAGAGGAGUGUCCAGCUGCUCUGCUCACUGUGCCCUUCUCCAGUCCUCUGGGUGUUUCCCUGAAGCCCAUCCGGCACACUUACACCCGGUCACGCGGAGAGCCCACUCACAUUCAGUCAAACAUAGAGCCCACUCAGCCACACACACAGUCAUACAGAGAGACUUCUAAGAUUCUAGCACCAACAAAAAAGCAACUCACUGGUACAUGCAUGCAGUCACACGCACAGCCUCCUUUAGAGAGUCCCGCAGAAGCAGCAGAGGCAAGCCACAGUGCCUCCUGUCACUCUGCCAUACUGGCCAUGACAGCAAUGCUCCAGCGUCUGCAGAAAGUGGAGGAAAAGAUCAGCCAGAGGAAAGCCCAGACUCAAAACACUAGAGAAUUCCAUAAAAAGAGCAUAAAGGAGAAAGCAGUCCACUUGAGUUCUCUGUUCUCUGGUGACAGCAUCUCACAGCCUCAGGCCAGUUCCUCUUCUCAUUACACUUCUACAUUAUCUUCACCACACCCUUGUCCACAAAGCACUCUCACUUCCUUUGCUUCCCCUCUUCUCUCAUCCUCACCAUCUCUGCUUCUGCACCAGACCGAUCCCUCUGCUCCAAACUUCACCCUUCAUUCCAGCUCUAAAUUACCCUUGCCACACCCUCUCCCACCAUGCACUUCUUCUGCUUUUCCUUCAUCUCAUCGCUCAUCCUCUCUGCUGGUGCAGCAGAAUGGCAGGGAUGUAGGACACUGUUUUUCUCUUCAAAAAGAAAGUAAGAUGCCUUUGCAAAAGGGGUACAAAAUCCUGACGUUCCCCAACAAGCUGUUAAGUAAGACUUGUACAUCUCAUCAGCCUGAGGUUCAGCUUUGUGAAAAUGAGACGCAGAAAGAAUCAGUGAUUGGGUCAAAUGUGUUAAGUAGAAACAGCGGCACAUCCAUUUAUAACCAUCAAAAGGACAUGGAGUUGCCUCAGUUGGGUGGAGAUAGAAACAUAAAGACCUUCAAGAAGACUUACCCUUCAGCUGCAAACCCUUCUCAUUCCAGCUCAGCAUUACCCCUACCAUACCCUUUCCCAGAAUGCAUUGCUGCUUCCACUUUCUCAUUUCCAUCCAGUUGUGUUUUUAGCAAACCCCAGCAUUUAGGGACGCUGCUUUCUAAAAGGGAAACCCAAGGAGAAACACAGAAUAACUCACAUCAUAGCAGCAGCAGCACUGCUUAUUUCUCUCUAAGAAAACAAAUGGAGGUCUCUCAGUCCAAGGAAGACUCAAACGGUUCCAAGCAGCGCACUGUGGGGAAGGUGUCUCUGGUCUUAGGAGCACGGGCUGAGACACUGCUCACCCUGUAUGAGAACGAUCGCAGGCCAAAAUCCGCCUGCUCAGGCUCGCUGGUGUCCCUGCGGAGGGAGUUCCCCCAGAGCCUGGGUGAUGUGUGUCAUGUGUGUAAGAAGCGUGUGUACAUGGCAGAGCGUCUGAGAGCUGAGGGGCUCUUCUUCCACAGUGAGUGUUUCCGCUGUGACACCUGUAGCACUCCCCUAAGCCAGGGUGGACAGGCUUUCGACUCGGAGCAGGGGAAGCUGUACUGCAAACUCCAUUUCUCUCAGCGUAAAUUCAUGAAGUGUGGAGGGAUAUUUGAUACACAUAUGCCACCCAAAGGUGCCGUUCACCCCAGCACUAGGCCCAGUCCAGCUGGUGUAGAGAGUUCUCUGAGGCAGUCUCCAGGUACCCUGUCUUCUGUGCUGAAGAGAAGUCUGCACUGGUCUCUGCACUCUUUCUCGACUCAUCUACUGUUUCCACUCCUGAUAUGAUCUGAGUCAUGAUAGAACUAAGGUGAUCACCUGCAUGGUCACGUGAUGUGAUGCUCAGCAUGACAUCAUGAGCAUUUUUCUGUGCACAUUCACCGCAUUGCAAUGUCGUUCAUCUGCAUGGCAAAGUGACCUGAACUGCAUUAAAUGUCUAAACAUUUAUUAGACAUCUGCUCACCCAUUGUUUCUUCUGAAAUCAUUGGUGUUAAUAUAGCAUUUCUUUAGCUUCUGCUCUCCUGUGAAGGACUUACAAUAGCUAGUGGAAGAUCACUGUGAGGAUUUCAUUGCAUUCAGUGCAAGAACUUUAGUGAGGUCAGCUGCUGACGUUGGAUGAUUAGUUCUGGAUUGUCACGCCACGUCAAUCCAGUGAUAUUUGCUGGAGCUCCAUUACUCUGGGGGGCCCCUCAGCCCUUGCUUACCUUUGGGAAUGAGGACCUUAGGCUCCAGGCUGUCUCAUUUUAUAAUAAAUGCUUUUCUCCAUAAAUGCCAGCUCCAACCCUUAAAGUAGCUAAAUUCACUUAUUAGGCAGGGUGUCUGGAUACUUUUGGAGUUAAUGUACUAGAAACCCCUAAUCUAAAUAUGAACGCAUAAAGUUUUGUCUGUACAUAACUGGUGAACGUAUACAUGUACUUUCUCCUUCCUAUGUAAAUUCUGCAGUUAUUGCGUAAACAUUUAUGCUCACCCAUUCCAAGGCCUGUCGUUUGUCCUUCAACUUUGCUUUUUGUUGAAAAGUGAAUGCAUGCCACCUUUGUGCUAACACAACAUUGCACAUCCCAUAGAAAAGCAGAUAUAAUUUAGCAUGCGUUUCUUGGCUUGUAGUUUUGUUUUUGUCAGAAAACAUUGAAAUCUCUUCCAUCAACACAAGUGAAUGUGGGUUACCUAUGUGGGUUACCUGGUGGUGAAACUUCUGUCAACAGUCCUGAUUCUUCUUGAUUGUGUAUAGUUCUCCUUGAGUGACGUAGCAGGCUACAAGUUGUGGACAGAGGGAUUUCAAUCAAGCGUGCUCAGAAUAUUAGGCCAUGCUCGGACAGUUCUCAGACAAUUCAGAUCAGUGAAUUUAGCUUGCUUUUCAGCAGGCCUGCAUCAUAUUUCUGUCUUGUUCUUUUUUAUUCAUGCGUGCUUUGUAUCAUACAAACAUUCAUAUUCUUCAUAUUUUACACUACAUUCUUGUGUGACUUACUGCUCUUUCACUACGUGUCACUGUUUGUACAGCAGCAUACAAGAACGUGCAAAGCUGUGUUUGAUGUGUGACAGUGCAGGGGCAAAGGAAUGCUUGUAACAUACUCCCUCUCCUCUUUUGGUUCUCGCACAUGCAUGGCUGUGGAUGUCACAACUAACAGGAAUGUUCCUGCGAAAUGUCUUGUUUUUCCUGCGUGAGACGAUUUUCUCUCUCUUAGCUUUUUAUUUAUUCUUCUCUGUUUCAGAGGCUGCUUACAUUAUCGAAACCCACCAAGAGCUCUCUUUUGUCUCUUUGAAAGUGAGGUUCAGUGUUACCUAAGAAGACUUUUGGUUAGAAUAGCACUUUUUCCCAGACAUGUUGUAAAACUGUAUGAAAAAAUAUGAUAUGAACUGUAUUUUCCUAACCUAAACUUGUUUCACUUUAUGUAAAGCCAUAUCCAUUUAAUAAAUGAUGGAAUUUGAAA